GAAAUGAUAAUUUCUUGUGUCCGGCACGUACCCUGAUAUCCUCAUUUCAAAGCCAAGCUGCUUGAGAUAAUUGUAGACAGCAUUAACUUCAGGAUGUGCAGUGUCAUCGACCAAGAAUACAUGGAACUUGUUUUCAGCUUCAACCAAGCUACAUGCAGGCUCCUUUUCCACCCCUUGGUCUCUCAUCAGCUUCCUAACUCUCGACACAUUAUCCCAAAGCCCCUUUGCAGAAUACAUAUUAUACAGAAGGAUAUAGGUUGCGUCGUUUUGAGGGAUCGUCUAAAAGAGCCGUUCAGCAGCUUGGAUCCCCAAUUCCAUGUUCCCAUGAUUCCGACAACCUGCACGGAAAGCUUCCCAUAUCUGUGGGCCGGGCUGAAAGGGCAUUUUUUGUAUCAUAUUGUUUGCUUCUGAGAACUUUCCAUCUCGGCAGAGCAAAUCAACCAUACGGCCAUAAUGAUCCUCGCCUGGGGUAAUGCCAUAAAAGAUGGUGCAUUGCGUAAGAGUAUCGAUGCCCUUCCUCGACUAACCCGCGUGGCUGCAAGCAGAGAGAACUGUCAGGAAGGUGAUGCGAUCAGGUAAGCAAUCAUCGCAUUCCAUGCUGAAUCUACAAACGGCAUGGUGAGAAUAGAUUCCGCGCAUCCCCUACAACGCCACAUCUUCCACACAUGGUAAUCAGUGCAUUUCCCGCAGAAAGGCUACACUCAAAAACGAACAGGAUGAGUUGAGAAUCCUUUGAUUGUGCGUUUACGCUUUGUUUAAGCAGCUUUUAAGGGAAGUUCUAAUGCCACGGAAUAAAGGGAAUUCCGCUAGUGAACUAGCGUCUCAACCAGUGGAUCCUUCUUCCAAUUAUUAAUUAUGGAUUACCGGGCGGUCCAGGAAUUUUGCCUAUGAUUUUUUCAACUGAUAUUUCGAUAUAGAAAGAUCUCCUUAUUUCUUCACCGCGGAUUCGGACACUGAGGGCUAAGAGGCGGAGGGAAGAGCGUACUGAAACUUCUGGUUUGAGGGACUUCACCGCGUUGAGCAUCGAUAAGCUGUCGCAGCGUCCAGUCCAGACUUCAAUGAUUCAAGUGCUGCACAUGAAGUAAUAGCUCCAGCAAAUGCACAUGGUUGAAAACCCUGUAGUUUCAUCUGGUUGAAUAGCUUCAAACUCUCUUCACCAAGUCCAUUCUGUGCUAACCCUGCUGCUAUGCUAUCAUCACAGCCCAUGUCAGAAGGUUCUUUUCUGGCAUCUCCUGGAAGAUUUCAGUAGCUUCAUUCAUGCGUCCACUAUUGACGUAGCUUGACAACAUCGCAUUCCAUGAUACCAGGUCUUUCACCCGUCGGAGGACAUCAUCAAGCUUAGCACAUUUUGAAUAUAAAGUGAGCAGUGCAUUAUUCACAGGCAAUUGCAAACCUGGUUUAGUUUUAGGCCCUGUGAUGAGUAUGUGAGCAUGUAUCUGCCUGCCUGCCUGAGAAGAAGGAAACUAGCAUUGACGCAUGCACUUAUGAUGCUUGUGAGAAGGAACUCAGAGACGAUUUUCCGUAAAUGCUGCCUUGGCAAAUCCUAGCCACAUUCCUCAAGGCAACGCAAACUUUCCUCUCCUGCUGUCAGGGGGCUUGACGCCGGUGGCUAUAAAAGGCCUCUUACCAGUAACAAACAUUCCCCACCCCCACACCAAACGAAUGCUCAAUUCAAAAAUUCUCUCUUCUUAGAAAUCUUCCCUCCUCCUUGCCUCUUCCCCCUCACCACCACAAAGCUAUGAAGUACUUCUUGCUCUCCAUUGCAGUUCUCGCUCUGGCCUACGGUGUGUCUACAAUCAUCACUCUCUACGACCAAUGGAGGUUCCAGGAGGCGCAGGCUUCGCUGGGAGUCACCUUCGACUCCAACUCCAACGGCUUCUUUCCGUCGCCGCUUCCACCUCCGAUUCGUCCGAGCGCGCCGGUGAUUGCAGCGGCGGUCCGAAACCUCAACUUCGGCGCAGCAAGGCUACGUCUCCACGACGCCACACCGGACCUCCUUCAAGAGUUUGAGAAGAGUGGAGUCUCAGUACUGGUGAGCUUGCCGAAUGAAUUGCUGGCUAAGCUAGCCGGCAAUUCUUCGGCAGCGGUGGUGGAGAUUCUUGGACCGAUCUUGUCCUCAGCUGCCGUAUCCACCAUCUCCGUGGGAGAAGAACCAAAAGCUGCUGAAUCUCAGGUGUUGAUGGAGGCGGUGAAGAACGUACAGGAAGCGACGAGGCUGCUCAAAGUUGAAUCGGCUAUCUCCGUCACGGUGAGCUUUGGAGACGUGAUCGAUCCGCCGCCGUUCCUUGGACCUUUGCUUCGGUUCCUCAACCACAGCGGCUCUCCUCUCCUCGUCAAGCUGGAUGUGUACGAGUAUUACAAAACCUACGCCUAUCCACUGCCUUUCGCUCUUUCCCAACCGCAAGGCAAUCACACCUUCUCCGCUUCGGAUCCGCUAGCCAAGCGCUAUAACAGCCUAUUCGAUCUCAUGCUCAGCGGCGUCGUCGAGGUCUUGAACAAGUCAGGUUAUCACACCCUACCGGUCGCCGUCGCAGAAACCCGUUGGCCAAGCUCCGGCGACAGUAGCCAUCCCGAGGCAAAUGGCCACAACGCGGCGAUGUUUUGGAAGGGGAUCGUCGAAGGUGUUGUUGGAAGGCGAACACCGGUCAAACUGUCUACCUUCGCCGUGGAUCCUCAACCAGGCGGGUUGGGCUGGGGCAUCAUCACCCGCGGCUUCAGCAAGAUAUACACUAACGAAGAUCCACAGCUAUUCGUUCUCUUCGUCUGGGCCGUAGGGAAGUUUUCCCUUCGCCUAUUCAGGUUUUUCCUUCGCCUAUUCAAGAUUCUCCUCCAGAUCAGGGCCGCCAUUGAGCCAGGCCAUCCUUGAGACAUUGGGCCAGUUUAGCAGUACAGUGUAAUGUUGUCCGUCCAGUCCAGUCCAGUCCCCAAAACUUGUUUUUUUGAACAAACCAGUCCUAUAUUCAUUGUCAGGUCAGCUGUCUUACUUUAGGUGAACUGAGCAGAUUUUCGUUAUCUCACUCAAUUGAUCACACCUACAUGUUUUUGCUGUCUUUACCAUUAGUUUUGCCAAUUGUACGUAUCUACAUAAGAAAAGUGAUGAAAAAGGAAGCAAACUUUGUCAUUUGUUGAUCCUAUUUUGCUGUCUACUUAUGGAAGGGUGUCCACUCAUUCAUCACUUUACUCUUCUUCUACAAUUGAGUUGCAGAAAACUACUACAUUCUAACAUUUGAUGAUGCUAGAAAUGGGUAUCAAAUUACAUUACAACAAAUAAACUGUGCAAGGAGAACUAAGGAUAUGUAAAUAACAACCUUUGUAUGCCAAACUUGAAGUCAUAAGUCUAAACAUUAAUCGACUACACUAUACUACACUACACUACGCCCAAAAAUUCAUAUAAUACAACAUUCUAGGGAGCACAGACGAAGGAUUGUUAUAUCAGCCUCGGCUUGAUGGGCAUGAAUCAAUCAUAUACUGCACUACAUCCAGAAUCCCAUAUGUACGACAUCGAUCGGCCUUCAGGUUAUGUACGCUUGCAGCUUGAUGGCUACAGAGCAAGAUUGAAGGCAGCCCACAUACCCAACUUGCAAACUGGAUGCAUAGAGCAAGCAGAACCCCAUUUCUUCCCCCCAAGAAUUCAUGCAACUAGAUGACAAGUAUCCAGCGUCCUGUUAUGGAUCGAGAAAACCAUCAGGUUGCUAAAAGUAACAGAGACUCAAGGUCCUUAUGUUUGGGGCAAAAAAAAAAAAAAAAAAAAGAAAGAGAGAUAAAAAUGCAAAAGGUCCUUUGUAUUAUCCACUUCUUCAGCAAUUUCAUCUUCAGAGGAGGAGUUGUCUUCUACUACAUUGUAAUGCUCCCAGUAUCGGUCUUGUUCAAUCCUCCAUUUCAGUUCAGCCCACCUGUAUUCUUUCCUAAUCUUCAAAUUAAGGACUGUAAUACUUUUUCCCUCUAUAUGCUGAAUCUUCAUUCAGUCUCAAUACUCGGUCAUACUGUAUUCUUCUCACUUCAUUUGAAAGAGUCUGAAUACGCCAAAAGAUGCAAACUUUUCAAGAGAGAAAUAGGAAUAUGGAAAAGUCCUAAUUGAGUAGCUGCAUUCUCAAUGAAGUGAACUCCAUCAAGAGUGUUGAGAUUUUGAUAAUCCAAUGGAUCAAGAUAUGUAUAGGGAAUGCCACUUCAUAUGCUCGACCACUGGUUUUGAAUAUCUCACCAGCCUUUGAAUGCUUGCUAACAUCAGGAUGGUCCUGUAUAAGAAACACAAAGAACAAACGAUAAGGAAUUUCUCAAGCCACCAUCAGCGUUUCAGUAAACACUACACACUACA